AUGGCCCACCAAGCACACGCAUAUCACAUAGUUGACCCAAGCCCUUGACCACUAACCGGAGCUACAGCCGCCCUUCUGAUAACAUCUGGACUAGCCAUCUGGUUUCACUUCCACUCAUUAAUUCUCCUUUAUCUAGGACUAACCCUUCUUUUACUAACUAUAGUUCAAUGAUGACGCGAUAUUAUCCGAGAGGGGACAUUUCAAGGUCAUCAUACACCCCCCGUUCAAAAAGGCCUCCGCUAUGGAAUAAUUCUAUUCAUUACAUCAGAAGUAUUCUUCUUCUUAGGGUUUUUCUGAGCCUUCUAUCAUUCGAGCCUUGCCCCCACCCCCGAACUAGGAGGAUGCUGGCCACCAACAGGAAUUAGCCCUAUAGACCCAUUUGAAGUCCCACUAUUAAAUACUGCAGUACUCCUAGCCUCAGGUGUAACAGUGACUUGAACACAUCAUAGCCUUAUAGAAGGAAACCGAAAGGAAACUAUCCAAGCCCUCACCCUUACUAUUUUCCUAGGAGUGUACUUUACAGCCCUUCAAGCCAUAGAAUAUUAUGAAGCACCUUUCACAAUCGCUGACGGAAUUUACGGUACAACCUUCUUCGUCGCCACAGGAUUCCACGGCCUCCAUGUUAUUAUUGGCUCAACAUUCCUAAUAAUUUGCCUAUUACGACAAAUCCAAUAUCACUUUACAUCCAAACACCACUUUGGAUUUGAAGCUGCUGCAUGAUACUGACACUUUGUAGACGUAGUAUGAUUAUUCCUUUAUGUUUCCAUCUAUUGAUGAGGCUCAUAA